CUGCAGACGCGCUCCGUCCUCCCGGACCUGCCCUCCGGCCUGGACCGGGGUCCCGCCCGGGGACGGGAUCGGGGUCCUCCAGGUUCAAGCGAGGACCCCCUCCGAGGAAACCCCAGGAACAGCCAUGGACGUUCCCAUGAAGGGCCAAGUGUGCGUGGUGACUGGGGCCUCGCGGGGCAUCGGCCGCGGGAUUGCCUUGCAGCUCUGCCAAGCCGGUGCCACCGUCUACAUUACUGGCCGCCAUCUGGAGACGCUGAAGGCUACGGCUGAGGAGGCGCAGUCCCGCGGUGGCCAGUGUGUGCCUGUGGUGUGCGAUUCAAGCAAGGAAAGCGAAAUCCGAAGCCUGUUUGAACAAGUCGAUCGGGAACAGCUCGGGCGUCUCGACGUGCUGGUCAACAAUGCCUUUGCCGGGGUCCAGACCAUCCUGAACACCAGGAAGCCCUUCUGGGAAGCCCCUGCCGCCAUUUGGGAUGACAUAAACAAUGCUGGACUCAGAGGCCACUACCUGUGCUCCGUGUACGGCGCCCGGCUGAUGGUGCCCGCCCGGCGGGGGCUCAUCGUGGUGGUGUCCUCGCCCGGCGGGCUGCAGUACAUGUUCAACGUCGCCUACGGAGUGGGCAAAGCCGCGUGCGACCGGCUGGCUGCCGACUGCGCCCGCGAGCUGCGGGGCCACGGGGUGAGCUGCGUGUCCCUGUGGCCGGGGAUGGUGCGGACCGAGCUGCUGACGGAGUACGUGGCGCAGGGAGCGCUGGACGACCCUCGCGUUCACAAGUACACGCCGCAGUUCUCCGCAGCGGAAUCCAUAGAAAUGAGCGGCAAGUGCGUGGUGGCUUUGGCUACAGACCCCGAUAUCCUGAGCUUGAGUGGGAAAGUGCUGCCGUCCUGCGACCUGGCUCGGCGCUACGGCCUUCGGGAUGUGGAUGGACGCCCCGUCCAAGACUACCUUUCUUUGGGCUCAGUUCUCUCGCAGUUCACCCGCCUGGGAUGGCUGGGCUCCUACCUGCCUGGCUUUCUCCGCGUGCCUAAGUGGGUUAUCACUCUCUACAGCAGCAAGUUCUAACCCUCCCCACCUGACAUCGCCUCUCAUAAAGGAGACUGUCCCUGCAGGACGUCCUUGGUGGACCUGGGGGUCCCUGUAAGUCCUUGGUGCCUUGCUUUGCUUUGUCCGUACCUUUUACUUUUGCCUCAGAAUUUAAUAAAAGUCUGGUUUCCUGA